AUUUGACUUAUUUAUAGUCACUAACCUUUAAAUUUUUAUUAUAGUUGAAAGGUGGUCACUAUUUGGUAGUGAAACACCAAACUUGCAAAAGUUUGCCAUGAAAGUAUUAAGCCUAACUUGUAGCUCAUCUGGAUGUGAGCGAAAUUGGAGUGUGUUUGAACACAUUCAUUCCAAAAAGAGGAAUAGGCUUACACUAUCGCGUCUCAAUGAUCUAGUUUACAUUAAGUACAAUAGAACAUUGAAACGUCGUUAUGAUGCUCGUGAUCUUAUUGAUCCAAUUCGCUUGGAUAACAUAGAUGAUUCAAAUGAAUGGUUAGUUGGAUGCCCCGAAGAUCAAGAUGAUGAACUAGUAUAUGAGGAUGAUGAUCUUACUUGGGGUAGCGUUGCUACGACAAUUGGAGCGGACGAGAGUAUCUAUCAUCUUAGGGGACUCUCUUCAAGAUCAACAGUACUUGACAAGGGCAAAGGAGUACAAAGUACAUCUACAAGUUCAUCUUCAAGUAGGACUCAGACACUAAUUGAUGAAGAAUACGAGGAGUAAGAAGAUGAAGAGCAAUAUAAUGAUGUAGAGGAUUUUGAUCUUCAAGAGUUGGAUAAUUUU